AUGGGCAGCAAGCUCGAAAGUGCGGUCGAAGCGGAUCCAUUCCCAAAGAUCGACUUGCGCAUAGGUAUCAUUGAGACAGUGUCGCGACACCCAGCGGCGGACUCACUUUUUGUGCUCUCAGUGGACGUGGGCGAGAAGUCAGACGCAGAAGCAGCGCCUCGCACGAUCGUCAGCGGGCUGGUGGGCUACUACUCAGAGGAGCAGCUGCAGGGCAAGAAGAUUGUUGUUUUGGCCAACAUGAAGACCCGCAAGCUGCGAGGCGUCCUGUCGCAGGGGAUGAUCCUUGCCGCAGCCAACACCAAGGCGGAUGCAACACAGGUGGAGGUUCUGGAGGCCGGCGCAGCGGCACAACCCGGAGAUAUUGUCGGACUACUGGGUGGAGAUGACGAGGCUGUAGUCUUGGUCAAGGCAAAGGCGGUGGUCAAGCGGCAGCACGUUAUUGAAGCAUUCCUCGAGGGCCUGUCGCUUGAUGACCGCGUGGCAAAGUACCGUGGCCGAGAACUGGUGGUUUCUGGGGGCGCUGUUACAACGCGGAGUCUGCUCAGCGGCGUGGUGGGAUAG